UAAACACAAGACACGUCGUCUGAACCAGACGGAUCUACCGGCCCUUAGAGGAAAUCGCUUCAUAACGCAGAAUUGCAACACACUAUGGGAGGACUAUACAGCAUCUUGACAGGUCUAUUUGGGACCCGAGAACGCCGCAUCCUCAUCCUUGGCUUGGAUGGAGCUGGAAAGACAACCAUCUUGUAUAGGCUACAAGUUGGUGAAGUGGUCACUACAAUACCAACUAUUGGAUUUAAUGUUGAAACAGUCACUUACAAGAAUUUGAAAUUUCAAGUUUGGGAUCUGGGAGGCCAAACAAGCAUAAGACCUUACUGGCGCUGUUACUACUCGAACACUGAUGCCAUCAUCUAUGUGGUGGACAGUAUGGAUCGUGACCGUAUCGGGAUCUCAAAACAGGAACUUGUAUCUAUGUUGGAGGAAGAUGAGUUGAAGAAGGCAGCGCUGGUGGUUUUUGCCAACAAGCAGGACAUAGAAGGAGCUAUGUCAGUGUCAGAGGUGGCUAAUGCACUAGGUCUCAGUAACUUGAAGAAUAGAAAGUAUCAGAUAUUUAAAACAUCUGCAAUCCAAGGAGACGGUCUGGAUGAAGCCAUGAUAUGGUUGUCAGAUACAGUUACAAACCAGAAGUAGCAAUGGACAUUGUCAUGACAUUGAAUAAAUGUGUUGAGUGAAGAGGAACGCUAGUAUGGAUCAAGGGAUGCAACUGUGUCAUGUUCACCAUCAUUAUGAUCCUGAUUCUGAGUUGUCAGAUCGGAUAUCAGAAUCCUGUCAUUAAGUUAUAAGGAAUAUGACUGUUGUAGCUUAGGUCAAGCUGUGGGUAAUGGACUCCUACCUGGUUUGAGUAUGGGGUAUGACAAGAUGCUCCCUACUUUAUUUUUAAACAAACAACAGUCAGAACUCGAUGAUGAGGCUGGGCCCAAGAUACUGUAGGAUUAAAUUUUGUUACAUUUUCUCAGAACAAAUUCAGAUGAGAAGUUUCUGCGGAUCCGCAGAAUUCAGCAGAUUUGAUCGUGCUGGGGUCAUCGUGCUGCAGCCCUCAAGACCCUCCAGUUCAUUAUCCUCUUUUUGUCGCUCAUACCCAUUCUGAUACAAUGUACCUGAAUACAACAUCACAUGCUCUUUGACCAUUAGAAAGCUAUAUAUCAGACAAAACAAACAACUUACGGAGGGCUCGAUUUUGUGCUUUGUUAAUUGCACUGGUGCGACCCAAUAUUACAAAGUGCAACCUCGUUAUUAGUCUAACUUGCACCAGGUUCAAGUUAAGUUUUGAGUGGGUAAACUUCUGAAUAAAACAUCUAAAUAAUUGCAUCUACACAUUGCAAUAAAAGCAGUGUAACUGGAAUUGGCUGGUGCAACUAAGUCUUUAGCAGAGGUUGCAGCUGGUGCAAGUAGGUUAACAUCUCUUAAAUCAAGCCUGUUAUGCCAUGCUAGUCUGUAAAUAUUGAUUAUUGCCGAUGUGAUGCUAUUAUAUUAACUCACUGUUUCUGUCAACAUUAGAGGAUUUGAGGUGCACAUGUUCAGAAAGUAUGUCAUAACAUACAGGCUUUGAGAUAUGAAAACAAUUGUAUGAAGACAGAGUUAGGAAGAGGAAAUGUAUGUAUACUAUUUGCUAUGGUUAAAUUGGUUUUGUCAUGUUCAAUUGUGCACAAUAAGUGUAAAGGACCACAUAACUAAAAAACUGAUUUUCUUGAGCUUUGGUUGACCAAGCUGGGUAUGUAUGUAGUUUUUAUCUUUACCCCCAUGCAUGUUAAAAGAAUCUUUAGGGGCGGUGGGGUAGCCUAAUGGUUAAAGCGUCGGCUCGUCACGCUGAUGACCCGGGUUCAAAUCCCCACAUGGGCAAAAUGUGUGCAGCCCAUUUAUGGUGUCCCCGUCGUGAUAUUGCUGGAAUAUUGCUAAAAGCGGCGUAAAACCCAACUCACACACUCACUAAAAGAAUCUUUGUUGUAUCUAGAAUUUGUUGUACAGAUAAUUUAUUAUUUCUUAGUAAUGGGUAUUGUCUGUGAGGUAAACUCCCCAUUUAGAAUUUGAAUGUUUUUCUCCUACACAUAAGAAGGCAUAUAUUCCAGAGGUAAACCUAUAAUUAAAGUUUAGACUCGAUUAGAAGUUUGAGACUGGAAAAAUAGCAUUGGACGUUGACACUGUUUGGGAUGCUGACCAUACCAAUACCUGACGCCAACAAUUACAUUAGGUUGUAUGUGGUAAAUUUUCAAAUAAAAUGCUUAUUUAAUGAAGUUCUUAUUGUGUUAUAAUAUUUUGAUUAGAGUCAUAGCCCAGCAUGUAUAUAUGAAUACGAUCUUUAUUUCACUGGGGUAUUGUUUAAGUCAAAGCGAGGCCAUGGAGCUGUGUGGUGAAAAUCUUCCCUUUGUGGGUACAAUAUGAGACGAGCUGAUUUCAAUUUUCAUGCAAGUGUUGCUGACUCAGUGUUGUGUUGUGAGCACAUGUAUUAAUUUAUUAUAGUGCUUCAGAAAGUUUUUACAUAAUUUGAUCAGUUUUAAUUCCAAUUCAUCCUUGAAUAUCUGUCAUAAAUGUUCAUAUGUCAUCAAACUCAUGUUAUGUUGAAUUCUAAGUGGUUGAUGCUACUGUGAUCUGAAAGUAAAUGAGAUUCAUUUUGAAAUGUUCAUUUCAUAUUUGGAUAGUUAUUAUGUGUCGAAUUAUCCUGCUUCAAUAACUGAUGGUGAUUUGGAGAUUUUAUGUGUCCUUUCGGACAUAAUGCACAUUUCAUACAUAGGCUAAAGUAACUGAGAGAUUCUGUGAAGAUAAGGCAAGGCUAUUUGUAGAUCUUGUGAAUGAAAAUAUUUCACAGAAAAUAGCCAAUUCAGCCAGUGUGAGUCUAUAACAGCUGUCAAAUCUUCAUUUCUUUAUUUCCUGAAAAUGAACAGAUUUUAGGUUUCCUUGUGUUUUAUUUCAACAAUGUAAUAUACCAACUUAUAUUUGUUUCAGGAUCUAUAUGGCCGCUUACAUUAUACGAUUUCUUCUACUGUAUUUUACUGUUACUUAUGCUUUAAGUAAGUUGUAAAUUUACCCUGACCAUGGUUAAUCAUAUUCGUUCUAAAGCAUUUUUGUUAAUGAUUGAAUACAAGUGAUUCCAAAUGCAUCAUAAGGAUAAUGAAAAACAGCUUGUCCAAGAAAUUGUAUUUUUUAUUAAGGCAGAAUUAUAUGCAUUAGCAGAGGAUCUCAAAAUCACUUUAUUUCAGUUAAAAUGUGAUGGACUGAACAAAUAAAUUGAUAGUGUUGUUUUGUAUAAUGUUCAUUUGUAAACUUGUUUUGAGUAGAUUAUCCUGGUUAUACAAUCCUGUUUGAGUUUGAAUGGUGGGUGUUGAGAUUUUUUUAGCAGUAUUCAGUAAUAUUAUUCAUGUGUUGUUUGAUUGGCUUAUUGAUCUGGGAUAAUAACUGGUUUAUCUAGAUUUUGGAUCAUCAUACUCAAAGCAUAAGUGUUUCCAUGUAUAGAAAUUGUGUAUAUUUCUUUCGAUAUGAUCCUCUAAGUCUGAUUUUCAAGAUGUGAUAUUAGCCCAAGUCCCAAAUGUCACUGUACCAAAUAUGGAUGGAAUCAGGAAGAGGUCGUGGGUCAUUUUUCAAUCUGUUUUAAUCGUGUUGUCAACAUGAGGGUUAUCUAUCAGCUAAGUCCUUCAAUCAGUAAGGUGUAAUGAUAUGACUUAAAGCAGUGUUUGAAAUUUUGGAUGAAAGUCUCCUUGUCAUACCUUGAGUCCUUGUCAAUACACAUUAGUGUGUGACGUGAAAGAGUUGGAAAGUUCAGGUUUAAUGGAAUUUGUCCCUAGCUCAUUUCAGACUACUGGUUUACAAAACAACUAAAUUUGGGAAGAAAUGAGUCAUUCUAUAGAUUCUCACCGUUCGUGGGACAGAAUCUGCAUGCAUGGAUUAAGACAUCCGUGAUCUGGAGCCUCACUAAAUUUCAAAACACUGUAAGGCAUCACAGCACUAGGGGUGAAACGGUAUACCGGGGUAUUAAUAGAACCGUGGUAUUUUGACUUAAGUUCGGUAUACUGUAAUACAAUCCAAAAAUCGAAUCAUUUUGUCAAAAUCUAUGCAUUACUUUGCUAGAAUGCCGUUAUUUUCUCAGAAGUAAGCUCUCUUAUACGGAUUUGAAGGCUUUGUACCACAAUAAGUACCGUAUCGCUUCAUCCCUACCGUAUUAAUGUUGUACUGAAAGUUACCAAACUGAUUAUAUCAGGAUGGAGGAGUGAUUGAUGGGAGAUUUAUGAUGUUGCAGCCCAGAUGUAAUUCCUGGUAUUUGUGCUGCAUGUCUGUCUGUCUGCCAUACACCGUACGUUACACACAAGUCAGAUAUAUGGUGUACUGUGUAUAUGAUCACUAUGGCCAGUCUGGCUGAUUUGUACAGAAAUGUUCUACAGUGGGAUUAAUAUAUGUAAAUAAAAUAAAUUCUUUCUUUGA